CCUCAAAACCCCCGCCGCCCUAGCCGGUCCCGCCGCCGCCGCUGCCGCCGCCCUUCGCGCCCCGGGCCGUCCCCCUCCCUCCUCCCGCCGCGGAUCCGCCAGACAGCGAGGCCCCCGGCCGGGGCAGGGGGACGGCCCCUCCGGGGCACCCCCGGCUCUGAGCCGCCCGCGGGGCCGGCCUCCGCCCGUUGCCGAAGAAGGAGCCGCCGAGCAGCAGCCCGAGGCCCCUGAUGUCUGAGACUAGCCGCCGCCGCCCCCGCCGCCGCCGCCGCCGCCACCGCGGGGAGGAGGGGGAGGAGGAGCGGGAGGAGGGACGAGCUGGUUGGGAGAAGAGGAAAAAAAGUUUUGAGACUUUUCCGCUGCCGCUGGGAGCCGGAGACGCGGGGACCGCUUGGCGCGGCGCUGCCCCGCGAGGAGGCAGGACCUGGAGACUCCAGACCGCCCCCCGCUCACCGCCUCGGACGCUCGCUCCCUCCCUGCCCCCUACACAGCGUCCCCCCCGGCACCCCCAUUCCGGACCAGCUCUCAGGAGCCGCAAACCCCGCCUCCCGCGAAGACUUCACCCCAGACCUGGGGCGCACCCCCUGGCACGCCGUCCUUCCCCAGCCUGUCUCCCGAGCCCCCGCGCAUCCUAGGACCCUCUCUCCUCCGGGGGACGGAUCUCUCUCAGACCUGCCACAGCUCUCCCAUUCAAGACGACCCACCUUCUGGUACCAGAUCUCGCCCAUCUCGAUUUUCUCCCCGGGAUAUUGAGACAACCCGUGUCAGAGCCUCCCGGAGACCUCUGCUUUCUCCCGGAGGGCUUCAGUUCCCGUCCCCCGAGACCCUCCUACCUUUCUCCGGGAGACCCCCGUCCCCUAUAGGGGCGGGGCCUCCCCAUCCCACCUCUGCCCUGUUCGCGCUCUCGGCAGUGCCGGGGGGCGCCGCCUCCCCCAUGCCGCCCUCCGGGCUGCGGCUCCUGCCGCUGUUGCUACCGCUGCUAUGGCUACUAAUGCUGACGCCUGGCCGGCCAGCCGCGGGACUGUCCACCUGCAAGACCAUCGAUAUGGAGCUAGUGAAGCGGAAGCGCAUCGAGGCCAUCCGUGGCCAGAUUCUGUCCAAGCUACGGCUCGCCAGCCCCCCGAGCCAGGGGGAGGUGCCGCCCGGCCCGCUGCCCGAGGCCGUGCUCGCCUUGUACAACAGCACUCGGGACCGGGUGGCCGGGGAGAGCGCCGAGCCGGAGCCCGAGCCGGAGGCGGACUACUACGCCAAGGAGGUCACCCGCGUGCUAAUGGUGGAAAGCACUAACAAAAUCUAUGAGAAAACUAAGGACAUCUCACACAGUGUAUAUAUGUUCUUCAACACAUCCGAGCUCCGGGAAGCAGUGCCGGACCCUCUGUUGCUGUCCCGGGCAGAGCUGCGUCUGCAGAGGCUCAAGGUAAAAGUGGAGCAGCACGUGGAACUGUACCAGAAAUACAGCAACAAUUCCUGGCGCUACCUCAGCAACCGGCUGCUGACCCCCAGUAACACGCAGGAGUGGUUGUCCUUUGAUGUCACUGGAGUCGUGCGGCAGUGGCUGAGCCAAGGAGAGGAGAUAGAGGGCUUUCGUUUCAGUGCCCACUGCUCCUGCGACAGCAAAGAUAACGUACUCCAAGUGGACAUAAACGGGAUUGGUCCUAGACGCCGAGGUGACCUGGCUGCCAUACAUGACAUGAACCGUCCCUUCCUGCUCCUCAUGGCCACCCCACUGGAGAGGGCCCAGCACCUGCACAGCUCCCGGCACCGCCGAGCCCUGGACACCAACUACUGCUUCAGCUCCACAGAGAAGAAUUGCUGUGUGCGGCAGCUGUACAUUGACUUCCGCAAGGACCUGGGCUGGAAAUGGAUCCAUGAGCCCAAGGGCUACCAUGCGAACUUCUGCCUGGGACCCUGCCCUUACAUUUGGAGCCUGGACACGCAGUACAGCAAGGUCCUGGCUCUGUACAACCAGCACAACCCAGGCGCAUCGGCGUCGCCGUGCUGCGUGCCGCAGGCUCUGGAGCCUCUGCCCAUCGUGUACUACGUGGGCCGCAAGCCCAAGGUGGAGCAGCUGUCCAACAUGAUCGUGCGCUCCUGCAAGUGCAGCUGAGGCCCCGCCCCUCCCGCCCCGCCCCGCCCCGGCAGGCCCGGUCCCGCCCCCGCCACGCCCGCCACGCCGGGCUGUAUUUAAGGACAUCUGCGCCCCAAGCCCACCUGGGAGCCCAUUAAAGGUGAGAGGACUGGUGGUCUCCGUGUCAUUGGGCGCCUACUGGGUCUCCCUCCUUCCCGUCGCUCUGCUCCAUCUCUCUCCGUCUUCCCAAGAAGACUUUCGUUUGCCCUUCACACAAACAUCAAGCACAUGCUGUGUUCCUAUAGGUGCCGGGGACCAAUGGUGAGCCCUAGUUAGAGCUAUUUGUCAAUCACCUUGGGCACUGUUCUAAGUGCCUCAUCUUCAUGAACUCAUUGACUCCCAGGGACCCCUAUAACACCCAUCUUACAAAAGGGAGGAAACACAAGCCUGGAGAGGUUAAGGGAGUAUUUCCUGCUCAACAGGAACCUAACUUUCUGGGGAGGGGAGACAUGACAGCAAAAAAUAAUGGUUCAGUGAUAAGUGGCAUGUAGACAGAAAAGCAGGAUGGAGUGAGAGAGAUGGCUUUGGGGAGGAGGGAGGCUCCUGGGAGGGAGUGGUGUUUGAAACUUGAGGGAAGCCAAGAAGGUAGUUUAGGGGAGGACUUGGGGGGAAUGUACUUGGUAGAAAGAGGAUGAAAAGCAAAGACCCAGAAGCAAUGACCAACUUGGGGCGUGCUACACCAUGAGGAAAGAGGCCAGUGUGGUUGGAAGAGGGUGAGCAAGGGAAGGGUGUUGGGAGCUGAGUCAGAUUGUAACAUUCACAGGCCAGAGAGUAACAACAGUUCUACUUGCCAGGUAUGUCAUCUCUCCAAGCUCCCUGCAUCCUCCCUGCAGCCUGACAGAGCAGGGGUUAGCAAAAUGGGGCCCAUGGCAUUCCUAUGGGCCCAUAAUCCACUGCCUGUUUUUGUAAAUAAAGUUAUAUUGGAACAUAGCCACACUCCUUUGACUAUAUA